AUGAAUUCACCAGUAACCGACAACGACCGCAUUGCUGCUGCAAGACAUGAAGCCGAGAUUCUGAAAGAGAAGCUUAAACGAAAGCAAGACGCCUUAAACGAUGGCCAUUUAUCGGAUAUUGCUCGUCAACAGCUUGACCCAUUACCAAGGAUCGUUUUACGUGUACGUCGAGUACUCAAAGGACAUCUAGCCAAGGUGUAUGCACUUCAUUGGGCCAAGGAUAUUCCACAACUUGUCACGGCAUCACAGGAUGGCAAAUUGCUUGUUUGGGAAGCUUACACCACACACAAGGUCUGUGCUAUUCCGUUGCAGUCUUCUUGGGUCAUGACAUGUGCCCACUCACCCUCUGCCAGUCUUAUCGCAUCCGGGGGUCUUGAUAACAUUGUGAGCAUACAUAACAUCAACGCCAAGGAAGGUCCAACACGCCCUGCACGUAUCUUGGUGGGUCAUUCAGGAUUUCUCAGCAGCUGUCGUUUCCUUGAUGAGCAUCGAAUAAUCUCGGGGAGUGGCGAUGCCUCUUGCGUUUUAUGGAAUGUCGAAGUGGGUGCAAAGAUGGAUCAAUUUAUCGAUCAUACUGGCGAUGUGAUGUGCAUUGCGGUGUCACCAACCGAUCCCAAUAUCUUUGCUUCAGGUGGUUGUGACAAUACCGUCAAGGUGUGGGACAUACGAGAAGCCAAUCGAAAGUGCGUGCAUACAUUUACGGGCCAUGAAUCCGAUAUCAAUGCAAUUGAUUUCUUCCCCGAUGGACAAGCUAUCUCGUCAGGCUCUGAUGAUUCAACAUGCCGACUCUUUGAUUUGCGAGCAGCUGAAAGCGAAUUGAAUGUAUACUCUGAAGACAGCAUUUUAUGUGGUGUGAGUUCGGUCAGCUUUUCCAAAUCAGGCCGUGUGCUUUUCGCUGGAUACGAUGAUCAUAAUUGCCAAGUAUGGGAUGCACUACGUGGAGAAAGGAUUGGUACUUUGAAUGCACACGACAAUCGAGUAUCUUGUCUUGGUGUGUCUUCGGAUGGCAUGUCAUUGUGUACCGGUAGCUGGGAUCAUUCUUUGAAGAUCUGGGGUUAUUAG